UUUCCCAAUUGCACCUCUCCCUCUCUCUCUCUAACCCCUCUUCACAGCACAUGAAUGCGAAGUUGACGGAUUUCAAAAUGGCCACAGCAGGUCCGGAGGCAGGCAAGUCGCAUCGCCUGAUGCUACAGCAGAAGUUUCGCGCGGUGGAGAUGGAUAAACUCCCCUCUCACCCCCACACACCCGCCUCUCACCCCACACAGCACAUGAAUGCGAAGUUGACAGAUUUCAAAAUGGCCACAGCAGGGCCCGAGGCGGGCAAUCUGCCGUGCAUGAUGCUCCAGCAGGGGUUCUGUGCGGUGGAGAUGGAUAAGCAUGGAUCGAGGGGUGGCCUCUCACCCACUCUCACCCACUCUCACCCACUCUCACCCACUCUCACCCCUCUCCCCCCACAGCACAUGAACGCAAAGCUCACGGAUUUUGGAAUGGCCACAGCAGGGCCCGAGGCGGGCAAGUCGCAUGUCUCUACUCGCAUCAUGGGGACGAUGGGAUACCUGGACCCUGCAUACAUCGACACAGGUCAUCUCACGGCACGCAGUGACGUGUACUCGCUGGGAGUGGUGCUGCUGGAGCUGGCAACGGGCAGGUCGCCCGGUGCUGCUGAGAAGAACCACCAUCCCCCAACUCCCACCAUUUUUGCCCCACCCACCACCUCACCCCCUUCCAUUACUACAGGCCACCUGACCGCACGCAGUGACGUGUACUCGCUGGGGGUGGUGCUGCUGAGCUGGCAACUGGCCGAUCGCCUCAUGGCUGUAGGCACCACUCCCCACUUACCCACCCGUAUGUCUCCAGGUCAUCUCACAGCGCGCAGUGACGUCUACUCGCUGGGAGUGGUGCUGCUGGAGCUGGCAACGGGCCGUGGUGCUUCUGGAGCUGAUAUCCUCACACCCACUCCUCUCCUCUCACCCCCCAUGCCCCUCUCACUCCUCUCCCUCCGCCCAGGCCACCUCACGGCCCGCAGUGACGUGUACUCGCUGGGGGUGGUGCUGCUGAGCUGGCAACUGGCCGAUCGCCUCAUGGCUGUAGGCACCACUCCCCACUUACCCACCCGUAUGUCUCCAUGUCAUCUCACAGCGCGCAGUGACGUCUACUCGCUGGGAGUGGUGCUGCUGGAGCUGGCAACGGGCCGUGGUGCUUCUGGAGCUGAUAUCCUCACACCCACUCCUCUCCUCUCACCCCCCAUGCCCCUCUCACCCCCCAUGCCCCUCUCACUCCUCUCCCUCCGCCCAGGCCACCUCACGGCCCGCAGUGACGUGUACUCGCUGGGGGUGGUGCUGCUGGAGCUGGCAACGGGCAGGUCGCCUGGUGCUGCUGAGAAGAACCACCGCCUCCUGCCCAUGGCGGCCCUUCAGGCUGGAAAUGCGGUUCUCUGCUGCCAUUCAUUGAAGAGCAUUUCUGAUCCAGGUUCAAAGAAGUCUGCUGUGAAUUCUGCCUUCUUCCGAUCAGCAUUAGCUACAUCUCUCCAUUCCAACCUCAAGUCUCAUGCAAACAUUGCAAGAGGAUCGGCUUCAGUUCGGAGAGCCAUUCGUGCUGAAGCAGCUUCGGACGUUCAACAAAACGGAGCAGCGACGGAAAAGGCCGCUGCACUGAUCCUCAUCCGCCACGGAGAGUCUCUCUGGAACUCCAAGAACCUCUUCACAGGCUGCGUGGACGUCCCUCUUUCGGAGAAGGGUGUAAAUGAGGCCAUUGAAGCUGGAAAGAGAAUUUCCGAGAUUCCCGUGGAUGUCAUUUUCACGUCCGCGUUGAUCCGCGCUCAAAUGACCGCCAUGCUGGCCAUGACGCAGCAUCGCCGAAACAAGGUUCCUGUCAUCCUGCACGAGGAGAGCCAGAGAGCCAAGGACUGGAGCCGAAUCUUCAGCGAAAACACGGACGAGGAGAUCAUUCCCGUCAUCACUGCGUGGGAGCUGAACGAACGCAUGUACGGCGAUCUCCAGGGACUGAACAAGAAGGAGACGGCAGACAAGUACGGCAUGGAGCAGGUCGUCCUCUGGCGCCGAUCCUACGACGUCCCGCCUCCCAACGGCGAGUCCCUCGCCAUGUGCGCCGAGCGUGCCGUGGCAUACUUCAAGGAUCACGUGGAGCCGAGACUCACGGCGGGCGAGAAUGUGAUGAUCGCGGCGCAUGGCAACUCGCUCCGUGCCAUCAUCAUGUACCUUGACAGCCUUACGUCACAGGAGGUGAUAGAGCUGGAGCUCUCUACGGGUGUCCCCAUGCUCUACAUCUUCCAAGGGAGCAAGUUCCUCCGCAGAGGCUCUCCCCUCCGCUCAAAUGACAUCGGCGUCUUUGCACUCACAGAGGACCUGGCACAAUAUAGAACCAUGCUGGAUACCAUAUCUGAAGGCCGGGGCUGA